AAAAUAAAAAGACUAGACGGCUAAAAGUUUUUUAUGUGUGCCAGGUUCUUGUGAGAGUCGAGGAACAGGAAAAAAACUUUUUUUCUGCAAUCUACGCCUAGUUAGUUUGAUGUGUGCAUUCCCAGAAACGGAUUACUAUCGGGUGAAGUGAAAGUGGGUUCCGAAAUCUGGGGAAAACGUUGGCAACUUCGGCAAUCCGACUGUGUCGACGGGGAAAGCAGCGGAAAAAUUCGCGAUUCGCGACAGCAAAGUGUGGUCUGCGCGAAGUGUAGGACAGUGAAGUGCGGUGCGGUAAAAAAGAUGUCUUCUGUCCUGCUGCAAGAAGCCUCAACGGCGGCGACGACGACGCUGGAACUGUCGAACGGAAGUCCCAACAGUCCUCAUUCGCAGCCCGUCUGCGGCGAGGACACUUCCUACUGGCAGUGCUCACUGGAGGCUCUCGCACAGAAGGUGAUUGUUGGCGAUACAGUUGUUGCGAAGAAGAAGAAGCAAAUACCUUCCUCAUCGCAAGAGGAAGACCAGAAGGAUGAGAAACAGCAGUCAAGUGUUGGCAGCCCGCUUACGGCUGCCCCAGUUGGGGCUGCUGAUUGUUGUCCGACCGAGGAAGAAACCAGGAACAUCGAUAGGGAGAAUUGUGACGAUGGCAAUGUUGAUUCGGAAGCCGCAGCCGACGGACAGGAACACGACUACAAUCUUUUCCGGCUGAGUUGUUGCUGCAGGCCCUGUCUCAGCUAUCGGGAAACUAUUAUCCAACUGUUUGUGGAGGAUUUCGAGUACAAUACGCUCUGGGAACGGUUGCAGUUACUGAUAAAGAAAUUCUACGAUUUCAUACCGGAGCAAGACGAUUCGCAACUGUUCAGUCGCUACAUGCAGCUGAUGGAUAAAUCGUCGAUCAAGUGGCUAACGGACGGUCGGAUCAAUACCAAGAAGAACAUACAAAUCUCGCUCGGUUCCAACUUGCCACUGUCAAAUGAGAUGACCUUUAUUCUGGUGUUCAGCAUGUUGUACACACGCGACCCCCAUCAACUGUUCGAAUUGCUCUGUCUGCAGUUGCGAUCGAUUGUACGAGCAUACAGCCAGGGUCUGCAGGAUCUGAUCACCGAAUCCAGUGAUGGCGAGUUGCAGUACAAUCCCACGGAGUUGCUCAAUUAUAUUCUUGACGGUUACGACAAGCUGUGCCGCUCGGCUAAAGCUUUGUCCCCUCUACUGUUCGAAUUGCAACAAGGUCAUCUGCAGCAAUUCUCGCUGACAUGGUGUUUGAUAAAUAAGCGCAUGUAUCAACGGUUUGUCUAUUUAGAGGUGCAGAAAAUCAUUCCCGAAUGCAUUCUGAAGUUGAAAGAACUCCUGUUUGACGACGAAUACAAAACAAUGGUUUAUCGCUUUAUCCAAUUUGACGACGAGAUGAACUCUACAUCGCAGAUAUGGCGCGAUGUAUGGUCUCUGUUGCAUGAUUAUCACAAGGCAAAAGAAGAUUCGGCCCGACGGAAGAGGAUUAGCUCGGCCCACUCGCUGCUGUUAGCCGUGAAGGAAUCUGAGUUUAACUUUGGUCCGGAAAUACAACGGCAAAAGGAACGGCCAAUCGUCGAGUGGCUCUCGUUGGAGGACCGCAACUUGGUGUGGCAAUACGUGGUCCAUAAUCUCAAGACCAAGUGGAUUGCUUGCACUAAUCCGAGAUUGAAUGCUUCCAUCGAGAAUAUUCAGUGUCGGAAGUGCAAUUUUGCACUGGGAACACAUUAUGUUACAUGUGACUGUCGCACCUGUUUGAUUGCUGGUGGUACCUGUUUGGGGAUAUCUAAGGAACAGCUCUAUUGCGCCAAGUGUUCAUUUUUCAAAAAGCUGGACCGGGACUAUUUGGACUAUAUCGGCGAGUUUUUCAACAAACCGCUAAGUGAAAAACAAUUCCAGGAACGGAAGCAGCUAAAUGGUAUGACAACUUCAUCUCAAUCAUCUUCAUCAUCAAGCUCGACGACGGAAAUCGCGUUACCGGAUGCAUCUGAAACUGAAUUACAAGUGGACUUAUCUGCUGGUGCUGCCAGAAAGGAUGGAUCUGUUGUUGCAACAGUAUCUUCAGUUGUGGGCGUGAUUGACAACACUAGUUUGUACCACAUCUCCUGGGCUAUUUUCAAGCAUCUGCCGGAACGGGUUGCGUACACUUGGCCGACUCUAGAGCCUAAACGAUUUUGUAUCUUCCAGGGUGAACCAUGCAAAAUCAAUGCAUGCCGCGUAGCGAUCAAUAUUAUUGCUAUGUUGUACCCAUUGAAUUUAUCCAAGUUUCUUAUAAAAUCGUAUCAUCCGUUGAAGGAAGAAGAACGCAGAAAGAUGGCUGAGAAUUGGAACAUUGAUGUUAAAAAUUUUAUGCAAAGAUUCUGCGACGACAUUAACAAACGUUGGCGAACAGAGGUGGCGGAUCGGAUCCAUCCGUUGCAUUUCCUGGAUUUGCUGUGGGAGUCGGACGAUUCUGAAUCGGCACUUCUGAGUGAUAUGGCUUCGGCAUUUGCUGAGUGGUUUCUGAUAGAUUUUCAAUUUCCACAGCGCAAUGUCAUUUAUCAGUAUUUCACAAAGUUCUUUUUGGCGAAAGGUACUGAUAUUGAGUUUGACAUGAAAUGCUUCGAAAGUGUUAGUGGUUCACGGUUAUUCAACUGGAGCACACCGGCAUCACCGCUACGGCAGAUGAUUGCCGACGACAUGCAGAGCAAGCUGUUAGGGGUAAACUGGAGCACCAUCUUGCCCGAGGAAGCUUUGGCAGCUAUCAAUGGUGACGAGUUCACGUCAGCGGCUAAAAUUGAUGGUCUUGCAACGGCUGGUGUUUUAGUGGCUUCGGCUACUACGGCAGUCUCCAGUCCCUGUUCGACGACUAUGGCCGCCGCUGUAAUUGAACCAAUCGCCAAGCUUUGCAACGAAGAUGGAACCAUCUGUAAGGAUUGUAAGGAGUGCUUCACUGACACGGUUACCAAGUCGGAAAUUUUCGAGAAGGAAAUUAAAAAACCGCUAGUCGAAGCGCUCAAACUUGCAGCUAGUAACAAAAUACUCGAAACGGAACUGAAAACACUCCAGAAAGAGCACAGUAUGUUGAAAGAUAUGGUGCGAGAUUUGGAGCAGAUCCACGAGCAGAAACAUAGUACGGUCACCCAGCAAUGCGGUAAUGGUAAUAGCAGCAGUAGCAACAGUAACGGUAACAGUAGUUCAAACAAUGUUAAACCCAACAACACAAGCAAGGGUAGCAACACUGUCGGUGCUAGUGAUGAGGGCGCUGUCGUUAGUACUGCUUCGAAAAAUAUUGUAUCCAAUAGUGGGAAUGCAUCCACUUUACUCACACCGUCUAGCAGCGGUACGUUAGUCUCGAAAACUACCGCUGCCAGUCCUGUAAAAACCAUGUUGAAUCAAGCUACAAAUACUCCAUCCAAACUGGCAACUCUUCAACAACAUGCCACUGGAAAAGCUGUUCCCAUGGCCACAGCUUCAAAAGCAUCGGCCUCGGUAAAUCCGGCGACGAUUGUACCAACAUCAAUGGCAGCGGGAAAGGUAAUUACAAAGGCUACUAGUACUAAUGCUUCCCCCGGAGGAACGGCAAAUUCGGCCAUGCCAGCAACGGCCACUCCUUCCACGAGUACCAACAGUGGAUCCGCAGCAACAGGAGCAGCAGCACACGGCAGUAAUACGCACGUUAUUCAGUCCAAGGAGGAGCACAAGAAAACUUGUCAUCGUGGAGGUGCUAAUGGUGGCGAGAAGGGUGAUGGCUCCUGUGUGUGCUAUUACUGUACGCUGUUCGGGCAGAGUGUUUGUUUGGAAUGCAACCACAACCAGAGAACGAACGAAACGCGCGAUCGACUGCGAAAGAAAAUCAAACAACUUCAAAGCAACAAGGACAACCAACAGCUCAAGUCGUUGAAUUUGAAAAACAUCAAAAUUCCCCCCGGCGGUCUGUUGAAGAAGAUCAAUACCAAUAAAAGCAAUUCGACAAAUGUGGUCACCAACAGCAGCGGCAUUAGCUCGGCAGUGCCUACCAUUACCAAGGAAUCGAUCACAUCCAAAGUGGAAGCGCUGAAGAACAGCAACCUCAAGAUGGCUCCAAUUAGCACUGGAGUUGCUGUGGCGGCAACUUCAGCCAAUGUCAAGAUUCCGAUGGUUUCGACCCCCGCUGGAGCAGCGAAAGCUAUGACAGCAGUGCAAUCUGUGAGUGGAAAGGAUACGGUUUGUCAACCGCAGAAAUCACAGCAACAACAUCCACAGCAACCUCAAUCGCAAGCAUCGAGUACAGCGUUUGCACCUAUGGUGAAAAAACCUCCGCCCCCACCACCGUUAGAAGAAAAAUCACUAGAUGAUAUUCUAAGGUUUAUAGAAGGUGACGAUGACGGGGACAAACAUGCGAACAACAAGAAGGCUGCGAAAAAGGUUAAACAGAAACAAAAGAAACAGGAGUUGAAAAAAAUUACCGAACUGGGUGAGCUUAGUCAAAAGUUUUCCGAAUUCAAUUUGGAGGAACAGAAGGCUCAGAAACGACUACAGUUUCAGCAGAAUUUGAAAAAGAAAGAUAAACAGCAACUACUGGAGGACAUUCAGGCUUACGAAGCGAAGAAGGUCCAAUUGCAGACGGACAUCAGUAGCUUGGUUUCUAGCAUAAAGAACAACAAUCCUGAGUUCAGUUUUAAACUGGACGGUGGUGCGGCACAAAGUGCCAAAGAUGCACCUAAAGGAAAGUCGGAGUCUUCGGGAAAGAAAUCAUCUGCUCCGCCACCUACGUUGGAAUCCAGCCAAAAGCAGCAACUACCAGCCAAAUUGCAACAAAACAUAAAUCUUCUGCAGCAACAAAAACAGCGCCAGCAGCAGCAAUUACUUCAGCAACACCAGAAAGCUCAACUACAUCAACAGCAGCCACAGAAGCAACAACAACAACAACAGUUGUCUCAGGAUAAUGUCAGCAUCGAUUCCACACGAAGAAUGGUUACUAUCAAGCGAACAUUUUUGCCGCAUGCUGAGCCACAGGUCACGGUUACGGCAAAAGGACCAUCGCCCGAUAAAGAUCAAUUACUUUACACGUUUAUCAAUGGUCAGCUUGUUCCACCGGAACCGAUGUCGUCCGCUGGUAAAGGAAAUGCUGGGCAAUCAAUCAGUAAGAAGCAACAGCAGCAGCAAUCGUUGCAAGAUCAGUUGAAGAUGAAGAUGGCGUUUGAUGAUGCUAAGCAAAUUAGUGAUAUGAUUGUCAAAUCUCAGUUUACCAAUGACACCGAUGUGUGGAUAACGGAAAAGCUGCUAAAGUUAAGUCUCAAAGAACAGUCGCAACAGCAGCAAGUACAGUCCAUGCGGGAGGUGGACGAGUUGAUGCAGAAGAUACAGCUGCAAAGUGUGGCUAGUGCUUCCGAUAAGAGAAAGAAGGAAGAUAUCGUUUCGUUGACCAGUAAGCUCUCGGAGAAAUUGACGCAGAUUAGAAGCAAAGCGAAAAGUUCUGUUAGCGAAGCGCAAGCCAAAGCUGCCGCACAGAUGCUGCAGAAGAUUGUGCAAAAAUUGGAGCUUGAAUCUAAUAGCAGUGGCGGUGACGAUGGCAGAAAAAAGAAAAAGAAAAAGAAGCAGGAUAAGGUGUCUGAUGAAAUUGACGAAAUCGAUAAGAUUGUGGCAUGGUUGGACGGGCUGGAAGUUAGCGGGGAACCGAAAAAAGCUGACAAGAAACCGGCAGAGAAAGCGCUGGGAAAAAUUCUCAACCGCAAACUUAGUAAGGAUUCCAUUAGUUCUAGUGGUAGUGCUCAGAAAAUGAAGGACGCUAAGGAACAGAAGAAUAAGGAUAAGAACAAGAUUGAAGAACCGACGAAAAAGGUGAAAGAGGCUCAGAAGAAGCAUUUGUCCCGUAAAAAGAGUGAAGUUUACAUUGAUCCUGAGUUUGACAACAACACAUUUAAACUGUUGAAUUUGGAAGACACAGAAUCGGGUGAAGAUGAAGACGUCACUCAGGGAGUAUCUCAAGUCGCACCGGAUGCUGUCAAACAACCAAAGGCAUCAUCGCGUCCUCCUACACCUCUUUCACCGAAGCUUGAACCACAAAUGAGGCCACCAACACCACCAGCGCCGGUUCCAGCUGUAGUCAGUAACAGGAAAACCACCACCAAAAAGAAGAACGAAAAGCCGAAAGAACAUCCUACUCCACCUGUGAUAUCAGCUAAGGAAGUGAAACAGAUUAAAAACAAGGAAAAUCUCGCACCGCCUACAACAACCACUACUCAGAAGAACUCCAAAAGCGCUCAUAAUGUUGCCAACACUCAAACAACCAACACUAAAAAGCCAAUCAGUGCUGUAGCUCAACCACCGGACAAAGCAUUUCAGGAUAAUCCAAAUAUCUCCAAACGACAAAAGAAACUGCUCCAAAAGCAGCAGGAGCAGGGUAAAAACGCUGUUCAGCCUAAACAAAAGAAACAGUCACAACAGCAGCAGCAGCAGCAAUCCGGUUCGGGAGCAGCUCGUCAUAUUGACAAAGCAAUCAAGACAGCAGAGCGAAUGGUUAAAUCGUCCAACGACCGUCGAUCAAAGGUCAACAUCGGUGCCGAUACAACACUGGAGCUACUCAAUGGUUCCUCUUCGCCUUCGGUUCUUCCCAGAAAUGGCACACUGCCAAAAAUUCCAAAUACUUUCCCACCGGGCGAUACAUCGUUUGGUGCAAGCAUAAUGGAUCAGUUGAGUCGUGGUAUUCGAGUCGAAGGACUUCAGUUACCACCGGGUAUUACGCUAACCCGGGUGGAUGCAGCGCAGGCGGAAGCCAUCAAAGCUAAACGGGAAUCUAUAAAGAAAAUCUGCGAGCCUAUGAAACCGGUUCAACCCGAACCAUCGACAACGGUUCCGUCUCAACUGUUGAUGGGAUCCGCAGGAGCAGCCCCUGGCAUGUUCAUGGUGAAUCCUAUGGUGGUUCAACCAGGUCCCGGUCAAGACGCUGUCAUAAUGGUCGACACCAACAAGCUAAAGGGAAGCAGCACUGGUGAAAGUGAGAAAAAGCCCAGCAAAAGGAACAAGCGCAAGAACAAAAAUAAAAACAAGCAUGAUUCGUUGAAAGAUGGUCAUUCCAAAGGCGAUGGUCAUAAAAACCAAAAAGGCAAUAAUUUCGUAACGCUACGGAAUCCAAUGUUCCAGGGUCCUCCAUCGAGAGCACCUGCAUCCCACGAACAAACUGGGGCACGAUCAUCGCAUAAUUAUGAACAGCCGGCAACGAUUUUCAAAAACGAUAACGGCAUGUUCACUAUUAGGAAUCCAGCUUUGCAUCAGGCGCUAGCUGGUAGUACACCACCGUCAACUACCGGGUUCAGACCGUUCAACACUAACUACCUAGUGGAGAAUGGAAUAUACCCACCCCAGAUAGCGUCUGGAACGACCAAUGCAACUACGGCGAAUUACCUUCAACAGCAGCAGCAACAACAACAGCAACACGCGGCGAAUCUGUUAGCGGACGGACCAUCCGGUGUCAAUCCUGGAAGUUUCUCAGCAGCGGUGGAACCACCACGCAAGUGCAGCUCCGUAAUUGGCAGUGAGAUGAAGAAUGCUCAAAAGCAGAAGCAGCAACAGCAACAUCAUCCGCAUGUACAUCAUAAUUCGUGGCAGCAGCUGAACGGUGCUGUUGGUGGUUGUCAGUCAGCUGGAGCCGAACUGUACAAUCCUUUGUCGCUUGCCGGACCAAAUCCGAACCAACGGUGCUACUCGCCUUUUGAGAGUCUACAGUACGGACUGACCGGAAGUCAGGAUUACAUGAAUCCACAAAGUCCCUCCUCUGGAUACUUCCCGCUCAGCUCACCGUCGACUAUGAGUGCGAUCGGAUCCGAAAGGUCACAGGCUAGAGCCCACGCGGCCGCUGUAAUGUCAUCUACAGCUAACCCGAGCUGUAGACGGUUGUUCAGUUCUGCUAGUGGUCCAACGAUAGGUGCACACUGUUGUGAGGAUCCCCCCGGUGGUGUUUACUACGAUGGACUAGGUUCAGGUUGUUCCGCUGUGAAUCACAAGUAUGAUGAUUUAUCUUUUCUGCAUAAUUUGCAACCUGGUCAACGCUUGAAUAGUGAGGUUACUAUUCACAACAUCAAUGAGUCAAAGUUCCUUCGGCAGCAGGGACAAAAUUUGUCAAAUGAUAUUGAGAUUACGCGAAUACCAGCCCCGGGUAGUUCUGUUGCAUCGUCCGGCUUUAGUCAUCCAUCACAUUCGGCGCCACAUCCGCUGCUGAUGUCACCGGCUGGUUCCACUAUCAGCAGCGAAGCGGCAACGGCUGCCUCAGUUUCUUCGAUAACUGGUGGCAGCAGCGGUGGAAUAGGUGGUACUUCGAACAGUGCAGCUAGUGCGGCCCAAGCGGCCAAUCUGCUCGCACUGAACGAUAUCGAAACUAGUUUAUUCCUGCAGAAGUACCAGCAGCAACAGUUGCAACUGCAGCAGCAGUUACAGCAGCAAAUGCAGCAACUUCAGCUGCAGCCCCUUAGUCGGCAGCAGCAGCAGCAAUUGAUCGGAGAAUAUGGAGAAAACAUCUUCGCUCCGAAUCAAAUGGUCAACCUCAACGAGCUGGAAUCGGAGGAGCGUGAUAUUGAGUCAUUUAAACGGUUUAACUAUUACUUCGAUCCACCGAAGAAUAAGCCGAAAAUCAACUUGAACGUAAAGGACAUCGUAGUGAACAGUAAGAAGCCGGGGGAUGUAACUAGCAACAACCACGUCGGCGGCUCCAGUGGCAAUAGCAGUAGCAGCAGCAGCAGUAUCAGCAAUGAUAACAAUCCCGGCGGUGUCAGUAUAGGCGAGGACAUUCAACCGAUCCGACCGCAGGCACCGAUUGGAACACCUUCGCAGAAAUCCUAUCAUCAGCAGCAGAGCACGCCAGUCUCGUCCGUUGGGACUGGAGUUUCCACUAUGCUCUACCCGGCUACCUCGGACAGUCCGGCAUCAUCGGCCUCCAUCUUUGACGGGAUCUCGUCGUCUAUGAGCAGCCAUGCGCACUCUUGUGAUGAUUUGUACAACGAUUUACUCACAUCCACGGGUAAUCUUAGUUUGAAUUUAAAUUUGAACCUGACCCAGCUACAGCAGUCCAACUCGGAUCCCAUUGUGUACGAUAGUUUCGGUGUAGGCGGUGGGGCACCCAGUUUAAGUAGCGUAGGAAGUUCUUCCACCAGCGGUGGUGGAGGGGGAAAGCCACCGGCAAGUGAGCUGACCCAAAGUAUUAUCAGCAAUUGAAAAGGUGAUAAGCUGGGAAUGUUCCUUUCCGAUUCAGGUUUGAAAUAUUAGUGCUUACGCUGCGUAUACUGUUUACGUGCCGAUGCAAGCCGCUCCAAUUUAACAGCCAACACAUUACCAUAUUAUCAAAGUUGCCUUCAAACAGAAGUGCCAUAGAUUUCCUUCCCAAUAAUGCAGACACAGUUACUCAUCAGGAGCACAAAACAAGCCUGUAUCAGGUAAGGGGAACCUCUUCCUGCUCGAAAAUGGAAACUACCUGCACACAAAUGUCGACUGCCACUCAAUAAAAGAUCAGCAUUACCCCAGCCAGAAGAGGGGUCAUUGUGUCACAGACUAGUAAGAUUUAGUAUCUUCAAAAACCAACAAAUGUUAAAGCUUGUCUCCUCCCACGAGAGGUUAAACAGUACAGCAGUAAUCGUCGGUCAAACGAAUCUAUUAAACAACACCACAUACCAAUUGAA